CAUUGCUCGUCGCGAUUGAUCGUUCUUGAACGUCGCUCUUUCUCAACAUCAUUAUCACAAGCAACCGCGACCAUCGGGCCAUCGCAUCUUCACGAUCGCCAUCCUUCCCCGUCCAAUUGAGCGAAAAGAAGACCCACGUCGAAGACCACAAUCACAUCUCAGAAUGGCAUACUUCAAAAUCACACUUCUACGCUCAGGCAUUGGCUUGCCCUACAAGCGUCGCGGCGUUCUUGCAGCCUUGGGUCUUAGGAAGCGCAUGACAACGGUUUAUCACCCUGUGUCGCAGGACAUUGCCGGUAUGAUAAUGUCGGUAAAGGAAUUGGUUGAUGUCGAAGAGGUGGCCGAAUGCAAGACGAAAGAGCAGAUGAAGGCUGAGAGGAGACCAGAUCCGGGCUUCUACGUCGAGAAAAAGGCUGGCGGAAGCUUUGUCGAAUGAUAAGGAUGAUUGGUUACUUGGAAAUAUUGCUACAUUGCAGCCGAGAUUACCAAUUCAGCGUCCACCGGUAGUGUGCUCUGCGAGGAAUCGGGCACGAGUGAUUCGAGUCUACUCGAACCUUGUCGUCGUCUUAUCAAGAAAGUUGAGAAUGGCAGCCAAAUGCAAUGUUAUGCAAUGGUCUUCCGUGUGGAAAACUCCGUGUCCUUGCCCAUUGCUUCAGGCAAUCACUGUUGCGAGGCUAAUUCUUCAGCUACUUGGAUGUCCGCUACCAGUUCUACUACAGACAGAGAACUUUUCAACUGGGACGAAGAUGCGGAUAGAUUUGGAAUUUCUCAAUUAAAUGCGAAAUAUACAAUGUUCACUCCUCUCCAACUAUGCAAUGAUUCAGCGCUAUGACCGGAGGGCUAUUAUCCUUUCUUCGCCAUGUAUGUACAAUGUAUUAUUUGCAGUCUUGAACCUAUCAAC